AUGAAUAUACCUACUCAUUUAUUACCAAAAGAAUUUUUAAAUCAACAACAACAAGAAGAUCAUAAUUAUAAUCAUAAUAAUAAUAACACUAACACUAACACUAAUUCUAAUUUAAAUCAUAAUCAAGAAAUAGAACAAAUUCAAAGUCAAGAAAAUUAUUCUAAUACUAAUAAUAGAAUUAAUCAUUCUUUACAAUCAAAACAAUUUCAACAUUUUCAAAAUUUACAACCUCAAAUGGAUAAUAAUAUAAAAAGAAGUAAUAAUAUUCAACAACAAUCAAAUCAAUCACCAAUUAAAAAUUCAUAUACUUCACAACAACAAUCUCAAUAUCAACAAUAUCCUCAAUCUAAUCAUCAAUAUUUUAAACAGUCUCAAUCACAAUCUCAAUCAAAUAUAAAUUUACAUUCAAACAACCAAUAUCCAACUAAUCCAACAAACAGACAAUAUUCUCAAUUUGAAGAUCAAAAUCAACAACAAAAUUCAAAUUAUUCAACUAUUGGUAAUAAACAAUGGGUAGAUACAUCUAAUCAACAUCGAUCGCUAGAUCCUCAAUUUUAUAAUCAAAAUUCUAAUUCUGAAGAUUAUUUUCAACAUCAUCAUUUACAACAACGACAACAGCAGCAACCGCAGCAACAUCAAAACAUUCCUCAACAAACUCAAAUGAUGAAUUAUCAAAGAACAACUACUGCAAGUGAUCGAAAUAAUCAACCUCCAUUUUCUACACAGCAACCAGUACCACCAACACAACAACAAUCAAACUUUAACGUCCAAGCUUUCAAUGAUCAAUCCACCAAUCAUUCAAAUCAUUCAGCACUGUCUUUAACUUAUGAAAACGGAAAUAAUAAAGUAAUACCCAAAUCGAAUACUGUACCUUAUCCACUAGCUAAUAAUAUACCUGAACAUCCUGAAUUUUUUCAAUCACAACCCAAACUGUUUCAACAACUACCUCAACAACAAUCACAACCACCAUACCCACAGCAAUAUCCCCAACAAAUUCCUCAACAUACUCCACAAACUUCUUCUCAACAUACUUCUCAACAAUUCCAACAACAACCACUACCUUCUACAAGGAAACCAUUUCGUAGAGCUCCAUCAAGUAAUUUAUCAACUAUUCAAACAGAUCAAGUUUAUAAUAAUGAAGGAAGAAGGACAUUCUCAUCUCCACAUCAACAAACCAUUCCUGGUCAAUUGAAUCCUGAAAAUAGAACAAAAUCAUUAUCUUCUACUUCAGCAAGGUAUAAAUCGCAACAUCAGCAGCAACAACAGCCAGCACCACCACAAUCUUCUUUUGAGCAACCUCAAUCGAAUAAUAACAACUCUCGUCCAUUAUCAGGUGGAAAUUCAGGUUCCUCUACCUCAUUACAUCAUACAUUCUCAUUAAGUUCGAAAUCACGUUCAUUCACAUCAAUAAGUAAAUUAUCAUCAUUAUCAACUAAAAAAUUUGGCUCAUCAUCAUCAAUAAGUAAAAAUGAUAAAACAAGUUCAUCAAGUUUAAAAACAUUAAUACCAUCUAACUCCGUUAAUAAUAAUAAUCAUAAUCAUAAUUACAACUACCCAAAAAGUUCAGUAUAUCCAGCUAUGUUAUCUGAAGUUGCAAAACUAUUCAAGGAAGCUAUAAUAUUAACAAUAAAUACAAAAGAUGGUCUUGAAUAUCAUGAUACUUUCACAGGUAAAAUGGCUGUUGAUAUAUUAUGUCGAAUUAUAAAAACAAAUGAUAGAAAUUUAGCAUUACUUUUAGGUAGAUCAUUAGAUGCUCAAAAGUUUUUUCAUGAUGUUACUUAUAAUCAUAGAUUAAGAGAUUCAGUUCAUGAAGUUUAUUCAUUUAAUAAUGUUUAUAAUGAUGUUGUUGAAUUUUAUCAUGAAAAUGAAGGAUCUAAUAGUAAUGGGAAUAAUAGUACAACACCAUCAGCUCAUGGAUCUUUCGUAGAUGGUUUUCAAUUACAACAAGCUUUACAAGAUAACUUUUUAUCUCAACAAUUACCGUCACAAGUUAAUCAACCACAUUCUGCAGAAUUACAAAAUUCUGGAGUUCAAGCAAAUAGAUUAAGUGGUGGAGGUAAUCCAACUAUAACAACAGUUGCUGGUAAAAAAUUAACUGCAUCUCAACAAACUGGAGUUAAUGGAGUUUUUACAAUAUUAACUGAUUGUUAUUCACCAACAUGUAGUAGAAAUAGAUUAUGUUAUAGUAUUGCAUGUCCAAGAAGAUUAGAACAACAAGCAAGAUUAAAUUUAAAACCUCAAGGAGGAUUAAAAAGAGCAGUAUCAAGAUUAUCAUUACAUGAUCAAGAAGAAAAUGAAACUUUAUGGCAUAAAACUGUACCACAAUCAGUAUUAGAUAAAUUAGAUAAACAUGAAAAAACAAGACAAGAAUUGAUUUAUGAAUUUAUUUAUACUGAAAGAGAUUAUGUUAAAGAUUUAGAAUUUAUGACUGAUUUUUAUAUAAUGCCUUUAAGAAAUCCAAUAAAUAAUAUAAUACCUGAACAUCAAAGAGAAACAUUUAUACAAACUGUUUUUGGAGGAGUUGGAGAUUUAUUAAGAUUAAGUAAAAAUUUUAGUGAUGCAUUAACUAAAAGACAACAACAACAAAAACCAGUCAUUGAAUCCAUAGGUGACAUAUUUUUAGAUCAUGUUGGAAAUUUUGAACCAUUUAUAAGAUAUUCUGGUAAUAAAGUAUUUGCAACUUUUGAACAUGAACGUCAACAACAAGUUAAUAUGAAAUAUUCAAGAUUUUUAGAUGCAAUUGAAAAAAAACCAGAAUCAAGAAGACAAGAUUUAUCAUCAUUUUUAAUAAAGGGAGUACAAAGACCUGCAAGAUAUCAACUAUUAUUAGCUGGAAUAUUAAAACACACAAAACCUGAAAGUCCAGAUUAUAAAAAUUUAUUAAAAUCAAAAGAAGAAAUUGAAUCAUUAUUAGUUAAAAUUAACGUACAAACUGGUGAAAGUACUGAUAGACACAAGAUAAUGGUAUUACAUAGAUUAUUAGGCAAACAAACUUUAGAAAAUAAAUUUAAUUUUAAAUUAUCAUAUAAUAAUAGAAUAAUUUAUCAAGUUACACUAAAUAGAAAAAGAGAUAAUGAAAAAAUUGAUUUAUAUUUAUUUGAACAUGCAUUAUUAUUAGUUAAACAUAAAAUUCAAAAUAAAAGAGAACAACAUAAAGUAUUUGAAAAACCAAUAUUAUUACCUUUAUUAUUUGUAAAUAGUGGGAUUGAAAUACCCAAUACAAAAACAUUAUUAAAUCAUAGAUAUAAUGGAUCAUUAGUAUCAGAUAUUGGAUUAAAAAAUCAAAGAACUGAAAGUAAUAAUUAUAUUGGAAAUACUUUAUCAUCAUCAAGUACUGGGAAAUUUCAAAUAAAUUUUUUGGGUUUGGGAAGUAAUCAAGUUCAUUCAUCAUUGUUUGCAGAAGAUUUAACUAUACAAAAUCAAGUAUUACAACAAAUUUCUCAACAACAAAAAAAAUUAAUUGAUUCAAAUGAUUUAUUUUCAAUGAGUAAAUUUGAAACAAGAAGAUUUCAAGGAAAUAAUAAAAUAAAUUGUGCUGUACCAUGUUAUGGUGGAAAAAAAUUAUUAUAUGGUACUGAUUCUGGAGUAUGGGUAAGUACUGUUAGAUCAAUAAGUACAACAUCAAAUGAAAAAAUUUGUAGUGAUCCUACUUUAGUUAUUUCAAAACCAUAUAUUACACAAAUUGAAGUAUUAGUUGAAUAUUCAAAAUUAUUAAUAUUAAGUGAUAAAUCAUUAUAUGAAUUUGAUUUAUCAUGUACUGAUUCAUUAGAUCAUAUAAAAAAUACAAAAUCGGGUAAAAUUAUAAUGUCACAUAUUACAUUUUUUAAAAUUGGAAUAUGUGAUAGUAAAUUAUUAAUUAUUGGAGCUAAAACAGGAUCUCAACAUUCAAUAAGUAUAUUUGAACCAAUAAAUCCAUUUGAUCAAAAACAAUUAAAACAAAGAAAUAAAAAUAAAAUUGAAAUUCAAGAAAUUCCUUUUACAUCUGAUCCAAUAUCAAUAUCAUUUUUAAAAAGUAAAUUAUGUAUUGGAUGUACAAAGGGGUUCGAAAUAUUAUCAUUACAAGCUGGAAAUAAAGAACCAAUAUUAGAUGAAGCAGAUCCUUCCCUCGAUUUUGCAACUCAAAGAGAAAUUGUAACUCCAUUAGCAAUACAUAGAUUAGGUAAAGAUUUUUUAUUAUGUUAUUCAGAAUUUGUAUUUUUAAUAAAUAGAAAUGGUUGGAGAACAAAUCAUGAUUGGGGAAUAUUUUGGGAAGGUAAUCCUCAAAAUGUUGCCCUUUUUUUCCCUUAUCUAAUAAGUUUUGAACCUGGAUUUAUUGAAAUUAGAGAUUUACAUACAACAAAUUUAUUAAGAUCUUUAAUUGGUGAAAAUAUAAGAUAUUUACAUUCAAAUGAACAUGAAGCAAUGUUUGCUUGUGAAGAAAAUGGAUUUGAUAUUAUUAUUUCUAUUGAUUUUUUAAAUUUAAAACCAAAAUCAAAAUAA